UCGCGGGGGUUAGGAGGAUUACCGCGGCGGGGCUGGCAGGGGGAGCGAACCGCACUGUCGCUACCGUCGCUGCUGCUGUCGGACGGUUUUCCAGCAGCUAUAACCGGCAGAGCGGAGGAGAGCCGUGAUGGCAUGUAAGGCACCGGCGACGUUAACGGACAACCGUCAACUCCGCUGUUGAAGACAACGAAACGGUAGAACCAGCUCGAGUGCCGAGAUUAUGUCCGGAGCUCGUGCUGCUGCUGCGGCGAAAAGUUUAUCAGAAGUCGGGAUACAGUCACACCAACGGCGGUAAUAUGGCGGAGCGCAGCGCCUGCAAUGUCAACAUCCUCAGCAUCCCCGUGCCCAUCCGCCGCGGAGGCUCAGAGUCCAACCUGGACGUGGUGGACAGCGUCGGAGAUGACGGAGUGGGCCUGGAUUUCACUAAGGGGGCGCUGGGUAUCGACAGCCUGCAGCAGAAGAUCCUCAAGGUGACCGAGCAGAUCAAGGUGGAGCAGACGGCUCGGGACCAGAAUGUGGCCGAGUACCUGAAGCUGGUGAACAACGCGGACAAGCAGCAGGUAGGGCGAAUACGUCAGGUCUUUGAGAAGAAGAACCAGAAGUCGGCGCAAAGCAUCGCCAGGCUGCAGAGGAAGCUGGAGCAGUACCACCGUCGCAUGAAAGACAGCGAGACCAACGGCAAGCACGGCCACAAGGAUAACGGCAAAGAGUCCGGGACUCACAGCAAGGAGGGAAGCCUGCGUGACGUCAGCUCCACCGGACGACACCCGGCGCUGGACAAAGUGAAGACGAUCGGUCCCGGCGUGUCGCUCUCGCCGCCUUUCUUCUUCAACAAGUCGAGGGAGUUCGCCAACCUCAUCAGGAACAAGUUCGGCAGCGCCGACAACAUCGCGCACCUCAAGAGCUCCAUGGAGACGGAGUCCGGGCUGAAGGUGGACGGCGGGGCGAGGGGUCUGAGCGGUAGCGCCAACACAGUAGCCAAGACGAACAAGUACCAGAGCGACGACGAGUGCUCCACCGGGACGUCUGCAUCCGCCGACUCGAACGGGAACCCGGCCGGGGGCUCGGGGGCGGGGUCGGGAGGUCCGGGCAGGUCUGACUCCAACGGGCGCCUGGGGGAGGUGCUGGAGAUGGUCCGGGAGAUCAGGGAGGCCCAGCAACAGCUGGCGGAUGACAUGGAAACUCUGAAUACGCAGUUCAAACGAGAUUACAGCUACUUCACGCAGAUGAUGCAGGAGGAGAGAUACAGGUAUGAGAGGUUGGAGGACCAGUUAAAUGACCUCACGGAGCUCCACCAGCACGAGACCAGUAAUUUGAAGCAGGAACUGGCCAGCAUUGAGGAGAAAGUUGCCUAUCAGGCGUACGAGAGGGCCAGAGACAUACAGGAGGUCCUGGAGUCGUGCCAGACUCGGGUAUCGAAGCUGGAGCUCCAGCAGCAGCAGCAACAGACGGUUCAGCUGGAAAACACCGAUGCCAAGGUGCUUCUCGGGAAGUGCAUCAACAUCAUGCUGGCAAUCGUCACCGUGAUUUUGGUGUGCGUUUCCACGGCGGCCAAGUUCACCGCCCCGCUCCUGCGCAGCCGCCUCCACCUGGCGCUCACCUGCGUGGGAGUGUCCGUUCUAGCGCUGCUGUGGAAGAACUGGGAACAUUUACAGUGCGCUUUGGAACGAUUGCUCCUCCCACAUUGAGGAGUACAAAACGGGACCAGCAAACAUCGGCCAACCCUGCGUCCAGGUCUCCAGUAGGUGUGUCGUCAUGGAGACGCAGGAAAACAGGGAGGAGUUUACAUGUAGCCUUACACCAGCCCUAGUUCUCCAGCGGUGACUUGAUUUACGGGGUCUGUGCUUUGCAUGUUUAAACGGGGUCCACAUAGAUCCCCAGACGGGCGGAGAGCCUUUCCCAGAAUGCCUCGCCAAAAUAAUUUAAACGAAUAACGCACAGAUAUACUUGUAAGCUGAUAUCUCGUGACAGAAAUGUGACAAAGCUCUACAACAUGCUGUCUACAAAGCUGAAGGUGCAUAAAUACGAGUACGGCACUGCACUGCCGUAACAGUGUAUCACUACAGUCGUAAAGGAUAAAUCAGCUGGAAUUGAUCAGAUAAAAACCACAAUCAUGUCAUUGUGGUCUCACCAACAAAUGACACUAAAGUCUAAACAUAGAGGGGUGGGCUUUUAUCGGGGCAUUGGAAUAGAUUAUUUCUGGCCCUGUGAAGUGUAUUUGUUAUAGCAUCACCUCUAAAAAAAACAAAACCCUCACUGGCAGUCGAUCAGUCUUGAACCUGCACACGCCUACAGUCCCGUACGCCUCCUCGUACACCAGCCAGCUGUGACGAACACAAAGACAAAUCCACCUGAAGGUUGAUUUGUACUUGUGUGUCUGAACUGUUCUUGUAUUUGUGUGAUGUUUUUUUUUUUUCUUCACCAGUGUCUCCAUCCUUCAUAAGGACGUUUUGAAGUCUGGCAUACACGUUUGUUUUAAACUAUGGGUGUGUUUGUGUCAUGUACUGUACACCUGUUUGUGUGUUUAUACUGUGUUUCUUGAAGAAAUAGUGUGAAUUUUUGGGAAAUACACUUGUUUGCCUUGUUGCUGUGUGUUAUAUUAGAACAGUGGUAAGCAAAUAGUGACACGUGGGCCAAAUCCGGCCCUCCAGAAAAAAAAAAUUGGCCCGCCGAUGAAAGCUGGACUUUUGACUUUCAUUGUUUAUGUUAAAGCUUUUACAUAAUUCUUCCCAAAUCUGCUGUAGAUAACAAAAUAAAUAGCAACUUGCUACAUCUAAUUCUGCCCUCACAAACAGUGGUUGCAUCAUGUUAUUGGAACAGCGCACAGUGCUGAAAUUAAGUCUAAUUAAACUACCAGAAAUAACAUUUUCAUGUGUGAAUUCUAACACUGUUUUAAUUCCACAGCUUUAGAGAAGCAGAAUUGUUCUUUGUGAACACAAAUAGGUGUCAGUUUAACAGAAAUUGUGUGCAGGUGCCUUUUUUUUCUGUGGCUACAACAACAGUACAUUCAAUCAACACAGAACAUUUACUGUAUUUGCAUACGAGUCAUUACUAGCUGAAUGAGUAAAAUAAACUCUGUUACGCCUCACUUACUGAACCAAUGGGAAACACAAUAUUACAAUCCUUCAUACAAUGCUAUAAAUCAAUUAAGUAAUUUAAGAAUACAUUUUACUCUUAAAUGAAUUAAAAGAAAUAAAACACAUAGGCCCGCGUUUCCACUGCACUGGUUAAAAGGCCCCCAGUGAAAAAUCCUGAGCCAUAGUUGAAUCUAAUUGCUGACCCCUGGAUUAGAAGAUACCACUGUUUGUAUGGUAAAUAUAAAGCUGGAAAAAGCCCAAGAUGCAACCUAAAACUUCUUGUUUUGUCCCGACUAACAGUCCAGAACCCAACGAUAUUCAGUUUACUGU